AUGGAAGAACAGAUGGCUUCUCUCAAUUUGUCAAAUGAAGAUGAUGAGCUGAUCCUCGAUGAUGAGAUUACUGCAGACUCGACAGUCUCCGUAGAUCUGUGCUUGGUAGGAAGAUUCCUUACGGAUCAACCAAUCAAUUUCAAUCUCAUGCGAAGCCGACUGGCGAGUAUCUGGCGACCGGGAAAAGGCGUUUUUAUGAAAGAUAUUGGCCAAGGCAGAUUUAUCUUUCAGUUUUUUCAUGAGCUUGAUCUGAAGCGUGUCUACGAGGGAGGCCCGUGGGCGUUUGGAAACUUUCCCUUGAUCCUGCAUCGCUUAAAGAAAGGAGAAUUUCCUCUAUCAGUUCCGUUGGACUUACUCCCUUUUUGGGUCCAAAUCCAUGACCUACCUGCCGGUUUCUUGACAGAAGGUGUUGGAAAACUUCUGGGGAACUUCAUUGGGUCAUUUAUGGAAUACGAUAAUACUAAUUCCUCCGGAGUGUGGCGGCAGUAUAUGCGAAUUCGGGUUGGUAUUCGAGUCAACGACCCACUUAAACGGUUCAAGAAACUCAAACAGAAAGAUGGUACGCCGUUCACUGUUCGUUUCAAAUAUGAACGAUUAAAUGUGUUUUGCUUUCUCUGUGGAAAACUUGGUCAUUCGGAAAGCUACUGUGAACUUUUGUUCAAUGAGAAAACGAAGGAUAUGAAGCGUGAAUGGGGUGUGGAUCUCAAAGCGGCCGAUCGGCGGAGCCCUAAUCUUGCCGGAGACAAAUGGCUAAGAGUUGAAGAUGGAGGAAACCCUAGCAAGGAGGCGGCGGCUGCUAGGGUUGACAUUGAGUCGCACAUUCCUGAUCCGAAAAGGAAACUCCAUGAAAAUCGGGAUAUCAAUAUUCCCGUAACUGAUGCCUACAAUUAUGGAAAUCAAAUCAUACCAAAUCCGCAUAGAUUGGCACUACAGAAUAUCACUUCCGAGACUAAUGGACGUGAAGCAAUGCAGACUGAUGCCACGUCACUCGUUCUUUAUGAUGAUCGAAAGAGACGACGUGGCGGCCCCUUAGUUAAUCACACAACUUCCUCAUCGGCGAAUUUUCCUACAGAGUUUUCUGGGGAUGUUAAUGAUGAAUUCUCUUCUCAAACGGCAGGCUCCGGGCUCGGGGCCGGCCGAGCCCAAUGA